AUGGUUUUGAAGUUUAUUGAGAAAAUGGUUUUCCUCUUCAUGAUUCUGGUUGGCACUCUGGGGAACAUGUCUGUUUCUGUGAAUUAUAUGCUCAGUUGGUGGAGAAGCACUGGGAAGAAACCAAUACACCUUAUUCUUGUCCACUUGACUUUUACAAACAUCAUACUCCUUCUUGCAAAAGGAUUGCCAAAGACAGUAGCAGCUUUUGGUUUGAGAAACUUUCUAGAUGACAUAGGCUGUAAGGUCAUUGUUUAUCUGGAGAGGGUGGCCCGGGGCCUCUCCAUCUGCACCAGCAGUCUCCUCACUGUGAUCCAGGCCAUCAUCGUCAGUCCCAGAGCAUCUGGAUGGAGGAGGCUCAGGCCAAAGUCUGCAUGGCACAUCCUUCCAUUCUUGUCAUUCUUUUGGAUAUUCAAUUCUUUAAUAAGUAUACACCUAAUCCAUUUCAUCACAAGUACAGGUCUGAAUAUAUCACAUCUCAAGAAUAGCGACAACUAUUGCUAUUUCAUCCUACCAAGUCAGAAAAUAAAAUGGAUUGUUCUCCCUCUCAUGGUCCUGAGAGAUGCAGUGUUUCAGGGUGCCAUGGGAGGGGCCAGUGGCUACAUGGUAUUUCUUCUCCACAAGCANCACCAGCAUGUCCUCUACCUUCAGAACUCCAAGCUUCUCUACAGAACUCACCCUGAGCUGAGAGCUGCCCAGAGUGUCCUCCUUCUAAUGCUCUGUUUUGCUUUGUUCUACUGGACAGACUGUGCCUUUUCUCUAAUUUUAAGUAUCUCUUUAGUAGAAAAUUCCUUGAUAGUAAAUAUUCAAGAAUGUCUGACCCUUGCUUACGCAUCUUUUAGCCCCCUUGUGCUGAUUCACAGGGAUGGACUUUUGGCUGGAUGUUGUUCUGCUCAGUGA